GACGAACGGCCAUACGCAUAUUAACGAGCUCGGUUGGACGCUUCAGUCCUAGGAUAAUAAAAAGAAUACAAUAAAUAAUAAUACGAAAUAAUACAUCAGAAUUAAGAUUACCACCUGUGGUUUUCGGUUAACGCAAUUAAGUGCAGCACCCAAGUGCAACGCAAACGGUUUAAGCGCGUUUCAGUUCCCCUUCCACAGUGAAGCUCACACCUUAAAACUUGUUUUGAGUUUACCAAGUAGAGCGAGGUGUUCGUGCGUUUGUGUAUACAUACAAACAAAUGUAAAAGUCUUCAGAAAUUCCAACGCAACCCACAAAUUGCACUGCAGAACCCUUGCAUUUCUAGUUGGAGAUAUUUAAAUGAUAUUAUUUAAUUGCAAAAACUAGUAACAAAUCACAGCCAUUCAAAAUGGCACUGUGCAGUAUGCCGGGCAAGGGGAACAACCGCGAUCGCAUCCGGGAUCCCCGCGAGGAGAUUCUGCUCGAGACGAACUUCGAGGACGAUGGCGGAGUCCUGACGCGCGCCUACAACGGAAACCCGUACAAUCCGUCCAUCCAGAACCGUCGGCGUAACUCAUACCGCUCGGAUCACUCCCUGGACAGGUACACAGAGCGCGGAGGCGAAGGAGAAUGCUGCCAAUCAUGCAUGGCGCGUAUUCCCUACGCCACCCUGAUAGCCACCCUCAUGUGCCUCCUGGGAGUCGGCAUUUUCUGCUUCACUAUGUACCGGGGGGCCUCACUUACCGUUAUUAUGGUGGACCAGGUCUUUCACCUGCGCCUAAUAUGGAUCGAAGCGGUGCAGAUGAUAUUUGUAAUAAUUGGAGCCGGCAUGGCGGCCCUCGGAUUCAUGAUCCUAUUCGUCGGAUUUUUGGCCACCGGUGCCACAAGAUAUAAGGUGUACCGGGCCUGGCGAUCGCGAGUGGGCGGUCGGAUUUCGUGCGCCGUUCUUAUGGGGAUAACCUACCUUCUCAACUUCGUCUGGAGCCUGAUCCUGUGCUUCCUGGUAGUGGUUACCUUCAUCUACACAAUGUUUUGGAACAUGUGCUCGAGUGUGGAGCACUCCCAAAGCUGCAUUGAUUUGACACAAUUUCAUUUCAUGUUUCCGCCUAACACGAAACUCGAGGACAUGAAGGUCUGCGAAAAGUAUGAGAUCAAGGCCUUUUGCAAAGACGGCGUGGAGAACGCUGAGGUCAUGUUCAUAUUGGCCACCCUGUCCACCCUUUUGGUCCUGCUCAGUCUGGUCCAUUAUCUGAUGUGCCUGUCUGCCAACUAUGCCCAUAUCCGGGACCACGAGAAGUUUCAGGAGCUGCAGGAAAUCCAAAACCUCAAUGAGCUGGAGUACAGUGCUACUUCGAAGGAUCGGUUCUAGGACAUAUUUCAGAAGAUUCAAUUUGAGCUUAAAGAGAAGUCCAGCGCUAUUUGAGCUAUUCACGCACCAUACAACGAACAGUGAACAAAAUUCCAACGAACACCAUCAUGCUAUAGCUAAGAUUUUUUGUUAGACCUAAGAUUAAAGUUUAUUUUGAAGUUUGACAUGUUCAUUUAAUGAGUUAGUGGCUUCAACUAUUAUUUAUGUUCAAAAAUCUUCAUAUAAUAAGCAGUUCUAUUCAAAUUAUAACUGCCAAAAGGAAACAUCCCACUGAAAUGCUUUUGUUUUCUGCACUCUUACUAUAAUUAAUUUUCCGUCCAUUACAUUAAGUUAGCCUACAUUCUUCAUUGUCUUUCUGUUGUUAUAUCCUCGAAAACAAUAAAUACAUACACACAUGAAACACAAA